CUUCUCCCUUCCCGGAGGAUCGGAGAACCGUUGCUGGGAGGAAACCGUCGAGGCCCGUUGGAAGAAACCGCCAGCGAAACUCAGUAAAAUCCUGCAAAAAUGUCUCUGUAUCCAUCACUCGAAGACCUGAAAGUAGAUAAAGUAAUUCAGGCUCAGGCAGCUUUUUCUGCAAACCCUACCAGUUCAGCAAUUUUGCCAGAUUCCUCUGCUCCCAUUUCUCAAGAUGGAAGUCUCUAUCCUAAACUAUAUCCUGAACUCUCUCAGUACAUGGGCCUUAAUUUAAAUGAAGAAGAAAUACGUAAAAACUUGGGUGUGGUUCCUGGAACAUCUCAGGGGAUGGUGACCAGGCCUUCUGCCAUGAGUUAUAUGGUGUCUCCUGUAACUGGUAGUGAUGUUGGAAUUCGAAGAGCAGAAAUUAAACAAGGCAUCCGUGAAGUUAUUUUAUGUAAAGAUCAAGAUGGAAAAAUUGGCCUUCGACUUAAGUCAGUAGAUAAUGGUAUUUUCGUUCAGCUGGUCCAGGCCAAUUCUCCAGCAUCUUUGGUUGGACUGAGGUUUGGGGACCAAGUUCUGCAAAUUAAUGGUGAAAAUUGUGCAGGGUGGGGCUCUGAUAAAGCCCAUAAAGUUCUCAAACAGGCUUUUGGAGAGAAGAUAACUAUGACUAUCCGAGACAGACCAUUUGAACGAACUGUUACCAUGCAUAAGGAUAGCACAGGACAUGUUGGAUUCGUUUUUAAAAAUGGAAAGAUAAGCUCUAUUGUGAAAGAUAGUUCUGCAGCAAGAAAUGGUCUUCUCACUGAGCACAACAUUUGUGAAGUCAAUGGUCAGAAUAUAAUUGGCCUGAAGGACUCUCAGAUUGCAGACAUAUUGUUGACAUCUGGGACUGUAAUUACCAUUACAAUCAUGCCUGCUUUCAUCUUUGAACACAUAAUGAAAAGGUGUUUAAGGACAUCAUUCUGACCUGGCUCUGCUCCUAUCUCCAUCUCCUUUGCCGGAUCCUCCUCCAGAGCCCGUCCUCUAAGCAGCCCUCUUCUCCUUCACUCGGUGAUAACAGCUUCCAUCUCUAUGCUGAUCAUUCUCAAAUGGACCUUUCCUGUCCCAGACUUUGCUGACCUCCAAUCUCACAUCCCCGACCUAUAGCUUCAGAGAGCUUCAACUGGGCAACCAUGGGACAUCUGAAACUCAAUACAUCUAAAACAGAACUCUUUCUCCUAAACCUGCCCUUCCUCCAACCUUCCCUUUCACUAUAGAGGGCUGCACUCACCUACCAGCCCCUCAAGCUCCCAACCUAGGGGUUAUCCUGGACUCCCCACUACCACACCCCCAAAUCCAAUCGGUGGCCACGGGCUACUGAUUCACCCUUGCAACAUCUCUUCAAUGUCCCCUUCUCUCUUCUGACUCUGCCACCACCAGGGCAGGCCCUCGGAGCUCUAUGCCAGGACUACUGCCUCAAGUCUCCCUCUGCUCCAAUCCAUCCUCCAUUCAGCCCCUAAAAGUGAAUUUUCCUCAAUUCCCCCUGCCUCCACUUAAUAAACUCUUUAAGUGGCUUCCUAUUGCCUCCAGGAGUUGUUUGUUUGCUCUGUUUGACACUCAAAAUCCUUUCUAACCUGGCUUCCUCUGCCUUGCUGGUCUUCUUAUUUCCCUGUAAGUACUCUGAUCCAGGAAACACUAGCCUCCUUGCUAUUUGACCAACCAGGCACUCCAGCUCUGCUGGAGGCAUUUUCUCUGGCUGCCCCAUGCCUGGGAUGCUCCUCUCUCUCUGCUGCUCCUGACCUCCCAGGCUUCCAUUAAGUUCCAAAUCCUGCUUUCUACAGGAAGUCUUCCCCAACCCCUUUUAAUUCUAGUAUCUCCCUUUAUCUUCUAUGUAUCCUGGAUACAGCUUACUUUGUACAUUAUUUUUUUUUAUAACUUUUUUGCCUCACUGUGGAAUUGAUUUUCAAUUUUAUCUCUGAUGGAUUCUCAAUCCUCCUGGGAUGUGAUCACAUAAUAGCUAACAUUUAAAGGUUUUACUUCACAUGUAUUAUAUGAUUCUUACAUUUGUGAAAUAGAUGCUAUUAUUACCUCUCUAAAAUAAAAUUAAAUGACUUAACCAGUGCCACAUAACUAAUAAGCAUCUAAGGGAGGAUUUGAACUCAAUGCUUCUCAAUUCCAAGUCUGUCCACUCUGUACCUAACUUCCUUCUAGAUAACCACUGUCAGGGGAUACUUAAUCCAAUCUUCUCAUUUUUAGAGAAGGAAACUUGCUCAGGUUUAGGACUUGGCCAGA